CGACUUCGUUACAAUCUUUGCAAAUCUGUAGCCUCUAUCUUUACAAUGUUAUAUGUAUAUUAAAAUGCUUGAAAACAAUGUUAAACCAGACUUCGAGAACUUCGUAGAAAAGUACAUCAACCCAAAAUCCUCUAAUAAUCGGUUUGCUAUUUCGGAUGAGUUGGAGAAUAAGGAUUCGGAAAAUAGAGAUUACUACGGAUUUUACCACCCGAAUGGUUUGACGAAAAAACAGAGAAUACUUGAAAAUAAAUAUCGUAAAAAUGAUAUUCGCCGUGUUGAUAAAUGGUUGAAGAUGAUUAAUAAAUGGGAAGAAGUCGAUUCUUUGUGGCAUCGUAUGUACAAAAAUGGUCGAGCUUCGGAAAAGAUAUUUUGGAAAAUAUGUGGCGAACGAUUGAAAAAUAAAGACGUGCAUCUGUUAUAUGAUAUAAUAUGUGUGUACAUAAUAUUUAUAGUGGCUAGUUUUCAAGUUCCCGUAUUAAUCGAUAUGAUGUUAGCAGUAAAGUGGCCUUUCUACAUUUAAGUGCAGAAGAGUCUUAAUGCGAUUGUCUUUGCAUUUUUGCACGUAUCAUCACACUAUUUGUUGCAUUGAAUAUUGAAUGAUCCGUAUGUAUGGGAAAAAUUUGUUUAAUUUUUUUCACACAUGUACGCGCCAAAUUUGUUUUUUAUAUUUCUCUUUGUUAUCUUGUAUUUUCUUUUUAUCAUUCACAUACAUUCUUCACUCAGUUGUUACUUUUACAACAAUUCUUUUCAUAUUCCUCUAUAUUUAGUUUGUAUGCGAAUAAAAUAAUUUAUUCGUAAUGUGUAAUUAAUUACUACUAUCACAGUGUUG